AUGCCUCUAGAUACCAAAGAGAAGCCUUAUGCUUGUCAUCACUGCUCAGAUGCCUUUUCCCGCCGAGACCUGCUUCGGAGGCAUGAGAUCAAGGUACACGGCAUUUCAGACAGACUGAGACGACGAAGGCGCUCUGGCAACUCUCCCGAUGUAAUUUCUACCGUGCCUAGAGUCAAUCCACUGUCCCAGUCCAUCGAAUCACUAUUGGCGGAUGGACAUUCAAAUGAAUCGCCUGGCACCCAACAUACGAUCGACACAACAUCCUCCCUCCAAUGCAUGCUCAACGACCUUGGGUCUUCGGCGAUUCAGGCUCCUCUAGACAUUGACAUUGUGUUGGACAGCCAAUGGCUGAACUUCGAAGCUAGCUCAGAAAUGAACCUCGAAUUUUUGAGCAGAAUGGACGACUCUCAGACUCAGAUCUACACCAUCAAUCCCAAUGCUAUGCACUCGUCGACUCUCGACUUGGCCAAUGAGCCUGCUCACUUACGAAACCAAAACGCCGAUUUCGACCUGCAUGGCCACGCGCGCCCUUCUACAUCCGCCACGCUAGAUUCUCAAAACCCGUCUAAAUCUUCACAGUCUGAGGAAAAUCUCACCAUCACGGAGGACUAUUGGCACUCGAUGCAAGCCCAAAUCGAUCAGAUCGGUGGUCCCAAGCUGCCGUCUCGGACAAAGCUGAGCCAAUAUAUUCAUCGCUACCUAGCCUGCUUCCACCGGCAUCAGCCACUCUUCCACGACUGUACCUGGGUUCCAGUGGAGUGUCCAGUGCCCUUAACGUUAGCAGUUUGCGCAAAUGGUGCUCUGUACAUUCUGGAGCGCAAGAUCGCUGUUGCUCUAUUCCACACAGCAGUUAACCUGGCAAAACUCGCUCACAAAGGUAUUUGCAGCUUACAACUAUCGAUGCUUCUUAUAGCUUUUGCAGCUUGGAGCGGCGACCCUAAGGACCUUGAAAUUGCUAUGCAAUUUCAUGGGUGUCUGGCACUCGACAUACGGCGGGAAUGGACAAAGGCAGCGGCGACUCCGAACCUCGACAGUACGACAUGGGCUGGUUGGCGUGACAAGGAAAUACUGAAACGUACAACGUAUUGCUGUUUCACAGUCAUGAACCUCAUGUCCGUUGCUUACGAUAUCCCAUCUCAGAUACGCCUCGAAGAUGAGUACGGCUUACCAGGACACGAGGAGCAAUGGUGCGCCGCGAACGAGGAGGCUUGGACCAGGGCGACAUACGAGGCAGGCCCACAGAAAUGGCUGACAGCGGAAUCUGUCAUCCGGGGACUAGCUGAUGCGUUCUCGCCAUUGCCAACCAAGAUUGGCAUGUUCAGCUGCCAUGUCAUCAUGUCAUCUCUUUGCCAGAAAAUCAUGCUUUUCCGAAAGUCCUGCCAUCCUGGAAGCCGGGCAUACGAUGAAGGGCGUCAUUACUUUAGUCGGUGCUUGACUAGGUGGCAGAUGAUGUGGGAAAGCGAGCCACAGUCGUUUAUUUCGCCCGAUCACCCCCGUGGGCCCAUCAUGUUCAACUCGACUGCUUUGCUGCGAGUUGCGUAUAUACGACUGGCUGCGGACUACUCACCUAUUCGCAACCGUUUUGCCACCUGCAUCUCGGAUAUUGAUAUUGCAGCUGCAAUUGGGCACAUGAAACCACUAACUCGAGAUGUGCACACGUAUAAAGCCGUGAUGCAGGCAUGUCAGGCCCUGCGAGUCCCGGUAGGACUAGGCUUCACGGUUAUUUGUCGAUCAGCGUUCUGGACUUGGAGUGUUCAACAUGCUCUCAGUUACUUUGAGUGCGCUUUGAUGUUGUGGCAAUGGCUGAACAUGGCGCAGAGUGCGACCGACCUGACUGCGGACGAGAUCAAGAUCCUGGACAUGGUAGAACAACUGGUCGACUCAUCCAGUGCGGCCCAGAAUGGAGAGGAAGCUCAGCAUAGUCUAUCAGUCCGCAGUCUGUGGCUGUUUGUCAAUCUCUUAGAUACGGGAGAUCUGACAGUCUGGGGGCUUUGCCCGAAAUUGGCCCGCGUGUUAGAUGCGCGUUUGAAGCAGGCGACUGAUCCUGCAGCGUGA